AUGGAGCCCGCCGGAGAGCGCCCCCUGGCGGUAGGGCUCUCCCGGCGUGAAACCGGCCCUGAAGAAGGAAGUGGAAGAGGAAGUUGCAUUCCUUGUUUGAAAACCUCACCGCCCUCAACACAAUCUUCUGAAACUACGGUGCUCGAAACGAAAAAGAAUGAAUCUCCAGAAGAAAUCCAGCUGCUUAAAUCUAUCUCGGAAGAUGGGAAAGAUGAAGAAUGGACUUUUUACCCCAGAUUUGGACUUCACACUUACCAAAUUGGCAAGCGAUGCUUCUUUGAUGGUGUCUUCCUCAGGAACAAAACAUCUUCAUCUGAAAACACAUUAGCAAAAUGCUUCGGGAGAAAAAAAUACGAUAUUGAUCUCAGAAAUGGAAUUCCAGAAAAAAACCCAAGUGACAAACCAUACAUUCUUCCAGAACAAAGUCCAGACUUUCACAAGUUAGGCGCAACUUGUCCCUUGGUGAAUUUUGCAGUGGUCCCAUAUAAAAGAAAAACAGAUACAUUUAUUCCUCUCCAGCCCUUACCACGAGUUCCUCAUAUGCCUUUUGCAAUGAAGGAGAAGCAAAAAGAACUGAUGAAGGAGAUAAAAGAAGUGCAAGAACUUGAUGAAUGGAAGCCAGCAGCUCCCUUGAGUCAAACUCUGUUUAUCUCUGGUGGGCUACAGAAACAGAAAAAGUGUAAUACUCACUGAAGGAGUGGGGAAAACCCAAAGAACCAUCGGAACGAACCCAAAAGGAAUAAUGGCAAAGAGAUGCUAGCUGUAGCCAGCUUGACUAAGGGGAGCACGAGUAGAAUGUACGUCAGCAAAUGCGAAGAUUCUCUUCAUAUCUAGAUCUUCCGUGCUAAGUUAUAGUAUUUGUUUGUAAUCACUGCUAGCAAUAACUGAAUGCAACCCUAAAUUUCUACACCCGCGCCAACUUUUCUAUAGCAUUAUCAAGGUAGUGAUAAAAGCCUCCCCCUUUCAAAACGUAGUCAGUUCAAAACAGCCAAGUAUAAUUCUGUGAAUGACUGUUCAGUGCUUGCCACUUGAACUGAAUGCUUUGCAGGUCAUUAAAGAUUUUAGAGGAAACUUUUAGCUUGGCUCUUCUCUGACCAUU